AUGUUUUUUAAAAGAUAUUGCGCUACCCGGGCGGACAAAUUGUUCUUUUCCUUUUUUCUGAAACAAACUUUGGACAUUUUCAGUGGAAUUUCGUUGCAUAUUCGUCAAACGACGACCACUGCUUCCUCCGUCAACGCCAACAGCCUUAGUACCGCGAAUAAUAUAACUUCUAAUGCCGCCGCUCCUGCUAAUUCUCUUUUCCAAAUUAAUCCUACCAACAUUAACGUAAAUAUUCAACAACAGCAACAACAAAAAAGCGAUACUUUAACGGCCGGCGACUUGCUUAAUUCAAAGUCGGUAGCGCAAUUAAUUGGUGCCGAUAAAGCAUUUUCCUUUACGAAAAAUAUGACUAUGUCUCCCGCUUUCUGGGCUGAUGAACGGAAAAACUCUUCGCCAUGAUCAGGCAAUUGGGCAUUCCCACGUUUCAUAUAACGUUAACAGCGGCAGACGCUCGCUGGCCCGAAUUAAUUUCCGUUCUUGGUAAGGUAUUACAUCAAAAAUCGUAUUCCGACAUCGAAAUUAGCGAAAUGUCAUCGGCGGCGAGGACGCGCCUCAUCCAAAGCGAUCCGGUAACCGUCGUUCGCUAUUUCGAUAAUCGCAUUCGUCUAUUGAUGGCUGAAAUGCGAAAAUUUGGCUUCUUCAAGUCAUCCGUCGAUUCAAUUUCCUUCCCCCAUUCCGAUAAUGAAGCUUCUUUUCAAAAUAACACUUCCAAUCCCGUUGACGCACCUUUUGCUAAUAAUUUUACAAAUCGUCCAGUAAACGUCGUUUAUCCAUUAGUAGAUUUUUAUUAUCGUGUCGAAUUUCAGCAUCGGGGAGCACCGCACAUCCACGGUGUUUUGUGGCUCAAUGGAGCACCGGUGUUUGACGGCACGAAUGGCGUAGACUGCUCGAAGUUCAUCGAUAAUUUCGUGAGCGCUUCGGCGUCGGGCGAAGGUCUCAGAUAUGCUACUAAUGUCGAAACUGGUGGCAUAUCAGAGACAUAA